UCCCAUGUAUUAGGAUUAACCCACUGUAAUUGGUUAACCCAUAAACCAAACGAUUUGGUUAACCGAGAUACAGUGAGGAACAACAAUGCCUUCUACAAGUGGAUACCGAGUGCCACCAGAUUGAAGGAAUUCGGAGUAGCAUUCGAAAGGACGGAAGAAACAAACUUGUUCGAUGCAAAGUACAAAGGUGGAGUGUUGAGAAUGCCAGGCUUGAUCAUGAAUGAUGACUCGGAGACCUUGCUCAGGAAUUUGAUGGCGUACGAGAAGUUGAGAUUACCCGAGGAGGGUUUGAAAUACGCUAGCGAGUACAUUCUGCUUUUGAGCUGCCUUGUGAAUUCUGAGGAGGACGUCAAGUUAUUGAGCAGAUGUGGGAUCCUUGUGAACAAAUUGGACAAAACAAAGGACAAAGUUGUUCUAAGACUGAUCCGACGUCUCGAGCACUCAAAUUCUUGCGCGCAGGUGUGUUUCUACUCCAACAUAUUUGAAGAAAUCAACCAACGAAUCCAAAACAGACGGCACAGGUGGAUGCGGGCAAUCAGGAAAAACGUGUUCAAAGAUCCUUGGCACGUGAUUGCCUUUAUGGUUGGCGUUUUGCUUUUCAUGAUGCAAGUUUUUCAGCUUGUCCUGCUUCCCGUUUGGCUUGGCUUCUCAAAAUGAGAAUAGGAACGGAGAAAGACGGUGACUUCUUCACUGCUGGCGUUUCUCCUCCUAUGGCGGUGGCAGGCCUUUGGUUUGGAGUAUUCACUCACAGGAGUGAUGGUUCUUGCUAGGUCGUCCUAUGUUUCGAACAGAUUGUUAUGAGUUGGGAUGGUGUGUCCUAAAUAGUCAUGUGUUGUAAGCUGAGUACUGAGCUGCAUGACUGAAUAUGCAAUGCUGAAUUUGUCGAUGCGAGGAAUCUGUACAGCAGGUGCAAAGUGGUGGGGUGGUAGAUCCGUUUAUUUUGGAGUUGUUGGAUUGCAUAGUGGAAUGUAUUAAUGUAAGCGAAGGGGUCUGCUGCAUCUAGGUGAUCUUUCUCGGUCAUGCGUAGGUGGUUAUUAAUGUAUGAGAUGGGAUGCGAGGGGAGCUACUUUGCUGGUGGAGAUUCUUACUAUGUUGGAUUUGUCACUUAAUCAUCAGCUGGUUUUUAUUGGUGGUAUAGCAACAUUCAUCGCUUGCACUGUGUUCUCGCUCAUGGGAUCCUUGAGGCUUGCUCUUGCUGUCUUCCCUUAAUGAACAAGUGAUUUCAUCAAUCAGAACUGUAUACUCUUAUGUAGCCGAACGUCAAACAGGGGAGAAGUUCAGCAAUGCACUUUCAGAAGACCCUGACAUUGGACAUAAAGCAAAGUCUUGCCAAGGUGAUUAUGAUGGGGUGUAUUGAAAUUGUUUACUUGGCUUGGGCUUUUGAGGCUUGGUUUGGUGCUUAUCUGGCGACUGAAAAGGGACAAAAGG